UCGAAUAUCAAAGCACAUUGUACAUUUAACUAUCGACGAAUCAGCUGUUUCACGGAUGUUUGUUUUCGAAAAUUGUCGUGCUUAUACGCUGUACAUUGAACAACUGAAGAAGGAUAUUGUUGUUCAUCAUUCAAAUAUAAAAGGAAACAUAGUUACGAGAAAAGUACAACAUUUGUUGUUAACAUCUUUACAGAAGAAAUUUGAAAGAAUGAAAAAACGUUUAUCUGUUAUAAAAAUCCCUGAUCCAGCAAUAGAAGGAAAAUGUUUGACAUUGAUCGAAAAUGCUCAACUGGAAGAGCAUCAAGCCAACUUCUAUCUUUCAAAAUUAGAAACUUUACUUCACAAAGAACGAACAAAAGUAGGUGUUACAAAAUAUUUACAGAAGAGAAUAGAAUGCAAAAUAAGGGCAGUUGUAGAGACACUUUACGACUUCAAAUAUAUUGUAAUGUGUUUACUCAAGUGUUCUACAACAGGAUCAAGUUAUAUUAAAUUGCUCUUAUCUUUGCAAAACAAACUCAUUAAAGGACAAUUAAAAUUUCGGUGUGGUAUUGUCAAAUCGAUUGAAACUAUAUUACGAGACACAAAAUAUUGUUCUGAAGAUUUGAAAGAAGUUUCUGAAAAUGCUGUUUUCGAGAUAAUGGCGGACUCUGACGAUAAAGAAAUAUCGUACAAACCAGUUUUAGAUGAACAAAAAUUAGAAACAGAAAGGAGUGAAGAAAAAGAAAUUUCUACCGAAAGUAGUGUGUUUAGUGAAUUCGAUAAAACGUUUAAAGAUACGACGUUAUUCGACAUCGAUUCAGAAGAACAUUUUACUGAGUUCGUAGAAGACGAAGAAUCAUUAUUUGAUAUUAAUGAAGAAUAAAGCUCAUAG